AUUUUCAUUUCAUUUUUUAGAAAUCUUCAUAAAAUAAAAUAUUUAUUUUAUUAUUCAAUUUAAUAUUUAAUUAACUUAUUUAUUUUUGGGGGGUUUUCAGUUAAUUUUUCACUCUUUGUUGCUUGUCUGUUCCCUUCCUAAUUUUCAUGAGUGCAGGACAAGUAUAGGCUACAUGCAAGCAUUUAUACAAGCCUAAGUGUCAUAGAUUUGUUUUCCUUUGAUUACGAGUCAUAACGUGAAUGUUUUGCCUUGAACUGAUCUCUUCAAGUGAACCGAUGCUCUGACCAUUUCUAUCGCCUUAAUUUUCUCAAAUGAAUUCUCAGCAUAAAACCCAAAUCCCUCCCUACUUUCUUGUUUCUUCUUUGCUCUCACUCUAAUUUCAUGGAGUAUUAUAGAUGGAAUCCACCGAUUCAUUGAUCAUAAAGGCUCCUAAGAAAUCUCCAUUAGCAUUGAGAUUGGUGGUGUUAGCAUUUGCUAUGAUUUGUGGAGUCUACAUUUGCUCCAUAUGUUUAAAGCAGAUAGGACCCCACACAACAUCAACACUCCUAAAUUUCCAAGUAUUCGAACGACACUGUAAUAUUUCAAAUACAGAACCAUGGGAGCUCCAUUACAUGCACUACCCAGAACCUGAAACAUUUAGCAGGGAGGAAUGUGUCUGCAAUCCUGUAAGAUACUUUGCAAUCUUGUCAAUGCAGAGAUCCGGAAGUGGGUGGUUUGAGACAUUGUUAAAUAGCCAUAUUAAUGUUAGCUCUAAUGGAGAAAUCUUUGGGGCCAAAGAUCGAAGGGCUAAUGUUUCUGCAAUUGUGCAGACAUUGGAUAAAGUAUAUAAUCUUGAUUGGUUUAGUAGUGCUUCAAAGAAUGAAUGCAAUGCUGCUGUUGGGCUCAAAUGGAUGCUUAAUCAGGCAAGUGAUGUAACUUCUUCUUCUUGCUUGCUUGCUUAUAUUCAAGGCAAAAAUAUUACCCUUUAUACAUCUUCGCAGGGAGUCCUGGAAUAUCACGAAGGUAUAGUUGAAUAUUUCAAGAAGAAAGGAGUUCAUGCGAUCUUUCUAUUCAGAAGGAAUUUGCUGCGAAGAAUGAUAUCAGUACUUGCAAAUUCCUACGACAAAAGCAAAAAACUACUCAAUGGAACCCACAAGUCUCAUGUCCACUCAUCAGCAGAGGCCAAUAUACUUGCAAAAUACAAGCCAAGAUUAAACACCAGUACUUUGCUGGCCGAACUGAAGCAUGUAGACAAUAAAGCUGCCAUGGCCAUCCAGUACUUCAAGAGCACUCGCCAUAUAGUUGUUUACUAUGAAGAUGUUGUCAGCAAUCCCACGCAGAAACUCAAAGAGGUUCAGGCGUUUCUAAGGUUGCCAUAUAGAGUUCUCACGAGUCGCCAGGUUAAGAUACACAGUGGAGCUUUAUCACAGCAAAUUGAGAACUGGGAUGAGGUCUCACAAGUACUGGAUGGAACAUCAUAUGAGAGCUUUCUUUAUUCAGACUAUCGAAAAUAGGAUAAUGACUUCAAUAACAGUUGUUUUCAUAUCAAUUUAUGCCUUACUCUUCCUUUUGUUUUCUUCCCAGUAUUACUUAGUGGUUAGAUAUAGAUCCUGUUUAUUUAAAUUCGCAAAAGCAAGUGAAAUUCUCGUCCUCAAUUUGUGGCCUACCUCA